AUGGCGACGGCCGUCGACCUGAGUGAUGGCGACAUCGAAAGAUUGUUACAGGAGGCCGAGGCAAGGUUAUCGGCUCGUGAGAAUGGCCAAAACAACAAGAGCCUGACCGCGCCCGCCACUCUGGCCGUCGAAAAGACAAACGACACAACCGCAGUGGAGGCCAUUGCUUCCGCCGAGGAACAACCUUCUACAACCAAGAAGGAUGAGCUCUCUCUCCGCGAGCCCAAGGUCAAGCUUAGCAACAAGGCCUUUGCAGAGAAGACAAAAGCCACAGCUGGGCCAGCCUGGUUCAACCUUCCAAAAACAGAUCUCACCCCCGAAAUGGUUCGAGACCUGAAGCUUCUGAAAAUGCGAAGCACCUUGGACCCCAAGAGGUUCUACAAGAAGGACUCUAGGGGAGCUAUCCCCGAGUUCAGCCAAGUUGGCACUGUUGUUGCCGGACCAACAGAAUACUUCAGCGCGAGAAUGACCAAGAAGGAAAGGAAGCAGACUCUGCUCCAUGAGGUCAUGGAGACCGAGGCCGCGAACAAGAAGUUCAAGAGCAAGUACGGCGAGAUCCAGAAAGCCAAGACCAGCGGCAAGAAGGGUCACUACAAGAAGAUGACGCAGAAACGCUACGGCAAAAAGUGA